GUACUGUACUGCAUGUUAGUGGAACCUGUUAACGCUCACUGGUGCAGUUACACAGGAACUGAGUGCUUUGGAGUCUUUGGCUAAGCUUACAUAUUUCACUUCUGGGAUCCGUUUUCUCUCAUAGUGUGUGUAUGUGACUGAUGGGGCGAUACGUCAGUACAAAUCUGGGGACAACCUUUGGACUACAGAGGUUGCAGUUACUGUAUGGUAUACGGAACCUGCUCACUAGCAUCAGAGCUUUGUCUCACCUUGCUCGGACAUCUUGUCCCAUUAAACCCCACAGGUUAUACCUGAACUGCCACCCCUCAGAAUGUAAUUCUGGCUGGAACAAUUUCUUCAAAAAGUCAAAGCAGAGACCUAUGAGGACCACAUAUCCUAGUCUGAAACAUGAAGCUAAACUGUACAAUGUCCAAGUUUCUCGAAUGUUUUCUGCUUCAAAAAGGGAGACGUUUAAACAAGAAGUUCCAUUAAGGGUUAAAGAUACUGUUCAGAUGCAGUGGAUGCAAAUAAGAUUUGGAGACACUUUCAAGCGCUUGUCUAAACACAUAAAUAUGUAUUUUAAGCAGAAAGAGAUGUCUGCAUCUUGUGGGACUGGUCAGGCUGUAUUUGUCUCUGUAAUGCAGAAGCCUUUUAUUGGGGUGCAGAGACAAGCCCAGACCCAAAAUACCACUGAAGGCAAAGAGGCUAGAGAGCUUAAACAAAUGCAAUAUCCAUCUAUUAGCCAGUCUCAGGAAUCACAUUUGACUUCAGGAUAUCCAGGAUUGCAACUGUUUCAUAUGAGUUCUCUAGUGACCAGAUUUGGGGAGAGCUAUAGCUAUGUAGCCAGUCACAUAAACUCUGUCUUCUUGAAACAAGUCUAUAAGGAGGUGCCCUCAUCUGAAGAUAUACUUGGAAUAAACAGGACAAUAUUUAAAAGAGUUGGCAAAAAUCAGAUCAAAGAAAAUAUGUCACAAGAAACUGGCCAAACUCACUAUAAUGAAGCCACAUUAGAUGUUAACAACACUGAUGUUUGUAGCUCCUUGGAGGAAGGGUAUCUUCAUUUUGCUCGUCAUAUCAACCGAUACUUUGGUGCAAAAGUGACAGAUACUGUUAAGGAAUCAACACAUCAGCAAGGCAAGGAUUCAGAUAGGAACACGUUGGUGUACUCUAUGGACCAUCAGAAAAGUUGUGCAGAAUCACGGGACACUCUUCCCCUCCGUCCAAAAUCUCUUUUCCAUAUGAGCAACCUUACGACACACUUUGGUGAAAACUAUGCCUACAUGGCCACUCACAUCAACCACUAUUUCAAAAGCUCUACAGCUGCAGAUGAGCAUUUGGAGAGAGAUCCAUACAGUGAACAAUCUGGAAGUACUCAGGAGAAACAAUCAUCCUUUUUACAGGGCCUUUUAAACCACAUUGGCAUUCAAAGACCUGGGCGGGGCUACCUUGGAAGGGCUUCUAUUAGUCCUACCACUGUAGACCCUGCGCUAGACAGAGUGGCAAUGAGAAGACAGCUGGCAGAGGACAGGACUCGAUUUCUACUGGCAAAUCUGGAGAAAGCCAGGGCACGUUCCUCCAUCAGCUCCUGUGUAGAAGAUUUGAACGCUCACCUAAUUCUCAACCCAACAUGCAAGAGUGUUGUGUGGCAGGAAAAAUCAGCAAUGCAUAUACUGAAGCACUGCCGGCUGUUUUGGAUGGAUAAGAAACUUCAAGCUGCCUUUAGAGAAACUCUAGCCCUGAUUGGCUAUAUGGAUCCUCUCAAAGGUUGGGGGAUACGCAUGUUGUCCAUCGAUGGUGGUGGCACCAGGUACAGACGCCACAAAUAUCUGAACGUUUUUUUUUAUAACUACAGAUUUACAUUACUAAAAUCAUUCUUAAAAAAAUUUUGGGCAAAAAUGACAAAGAAUACAGGGUGGAAAAUGCGAUCUUAUGAUUGCUUCUUCUACAGAGGGGUUGUUCCACUCCAGGUACUAAAACAGCUGGAGGCUCGGACAGGAAAACGGGUUUAUCAGCUCUUUGACUAUGUGUGUGGAGUGAGCACAGGAGCUGUUUUGGCCUUUAUGUUGGCUUUGGCUCAUUUCUCGAUAGAGGAGUGUGAGGAAAUGUACAGACGUUUUGGCUCAGAUGUUUUCCGACAGAACCCUCUGGUUGGCACUGUAAAAAUGGGCUGGAGUCACUCAUACUACAACACAGAGAAAUGGGAGAUGAUCCUGAAGGAGAAAAUAGGUGACCAGCUUCUUGUGAGAACAGCCAGAGAUGACCGGAGUCCUAAGGUGUCUGCAGUGAGUGCAGUAGUGAACUGGGGUACCAGUCCAAAACCCUUUAUAUUUAGAAACUAUAAUCACUCUCCAGGACGCCUCAGUCGUUACGCAGGGGGAUCUGGGUACCAGCUUUGGCAAGCAGUACGAGCUUCUUCUGCUGCUCCAGGAUACUUCCAGGAAUUUCCCUUAUAUAACGACAUACAUCAGGAUGGAGGGAUAAUUCUGAAUAAUCCCUGUGCUCUUGCUGUCCAUGAAAGCCGGCUACUCUGGCCCAAUCAGCAGUUCCAGUGUGUGCUGUCUCUAGGAACUGGUCGAUAUGAUAAUGCCAGAAGGGGCCCUGCUACAUCUACUAGUCUCAGAGCCAAAAUCAGCAACUUAAUCAGCAGUGCCACAGACACUGAGGGUGUGCACACAUUGCUGGCGGAUCUGCUAGAGCCAAAUGUGUAUUUUCGCUUUAACCCAAUGCUGAGUGCUGAGGUCUCACUGGAUGAAAGCAGGCCUAGUGCUCUGAAGCAACUUCAGCUGGACACUCAGCAGUAUUUAGAGAGGAACGAAGCCAAAAUGAAACUGCUUUGCAGUGUACUGGGUGAAGAACGCACCACACUCGGGAGAACACGCGACUGGAUCAGUGAGAAAGCCUGGCAGCUACAGCAGCACUGGGCAUGAAUGGACAAAAAGACAUGGGUUUAGUGUCACUAAACUUUGCUCUUUGGGUAAUAUUCAAAAGAUUUGGUAUGAAUUAUAAAGCACCUUUAGAUGCACCAUGGUGUCACAUAAAAAUACACUAUUGAAAACUAUUGUACUGUACAUAUUAAGCUGUUAUAAGAGGAAUGUGUUGUGGAAUAUUAUUUCAGGUCAGUCAACUCUAAACAGGAUCGAGUGACUACAUUUUAACAUGUUUCAGACCUCAUUUAUUAAUUAACAGAGUUAUUUCACAGUUUUCUAAUUUCCUACAUACAGUACACUGACUUUAUUUUCUUGCUGUUUAUAUUAGCUAUUUAUACAAUACAGUGUGGAUAAUGUGCCAGCUUUCUACUGUAUGUUAUGCAACAACUUUAGUACUUUGUUAACACUGAAAAUAUUUAGAUGUUUUCAAGAGUUAGGACUUGUUUCAGAUAUAAAAAUAAAAUUAUUUAGAUAUAAAUAUAGAUGAAUCGGGUAUUUUUUGUGUAAUGAUCAGCAUGUCUUUACAUGUAUAAAUGUCCUGUAAAUUAAAGUAAUUUAUAUUUAUUUAUGGGGGGUCACGGUGGCUUAGUGCUUAGCACGUUCGCCUCACACCUCCAGGAGGUUUGAUUCCCGCCACCGCCUUGUGUGUGUGGAGUUUGCAUGUUCUCCCCGUGCCUCGGGGGUUUCCUCCGGGUACUCCGGUUUCCUCCCCCGGUCCAAAGACAUGCAUGGUAGGUUGAUUGGCAUCUCUGGAAAAUUGUCCAUAGUGUGUGAUUGUGUGAGUGAAUGAGUGUGUGUGUGCCCUGCGAUGGGUUGGCACUCCGUCCAGGGUGUAUCCUGCCUUGAUGCCCAAUGACGCCUGAGAUAGGCACAGG